UAGCUGCCAUGUUGAGCUGCUUUGUUGUUCAUUUCUUCUAGCUUUUCCUGCGGAUUUUUCCCCCCCUAAGUGUCGCGAUGGAGUCGAGCUGGAGCACGUUUCUGUUCCAGCAGGCAAACGAGGCCUUGCACCACCAGCACCAGGUGGCCCAGAACAGCCUGCUGCCACUGCUCAGCGCCGGAGCUGAGCCGCAGGACCAGAAGCCCGUGCUUCCUGUACCACUGGACCAGAAACCCCCGGUCAGCGCCGCUGAGCUCCUCAAGGAUAAUGUCGCAAGCGGGACGGGUGGAGGGGGUGGGGCUGGUGGUGGAGGAGGCGGGGCCGGCGGUGGAGGAGGUGGAGCUAGCGGCACCAUGCCUGUGGUAAAGAAGGAACACAAGGCCAAGACACCCUUCAUCUGUGGCUACUGCAACAAGGCCUUCCGUGACAGCUACCAUCUGCGGCGGCACGAGUCCUGCCACACGGGCGUCAAGAUGGUGUCACGGCCCAAGAAGACACAGCCGGCACCAACCAUGGUGCCGCUCAUCUCCACGGUGCCCCGAGAGGGCGCCGCAAACCCUUCCUACAUCUCCACCAUCGCUGGCAUCCUCACCACAGCCACCACGUCGGCAUCCACGGGCUCCAGUGUCAUGUCGCCCACCACCAUGCCCGGCGUGCUGCAGCAACAGAGCGCCCCCAAGAAGCCGGCCAAGCCCGUUAAGAAGAACCACGGGUGCGAGAUGUGUGGCAAGGCCUUCCGAGACGUCUACCACCUGAACCGCCACAAGCUUUCGCACUCGGAUGAGAAGCCGUUCGAAUGCCCCAUCUGCCAGCAGCGCUUUAAGCGCAAGGACCGCAUGACCUACCACGUGCGCUCACACGACGGCGGUGUGCACAAGCCCUACGUCUGCUCCGUGUGCGGGAAGGGCUUCUCCAGGCCCGAUCAUCUGAGCUGUCACGUGAAGCACGUUCACUCCUCAGAACGGCCCUUCAAAUGCCAAGUAACGGCCUGCACGUCCGCCUUUGCCACCAAAGACAGGUUGCGCUCACACAUGAUUCGGCAUGAGGGCAAAGUCACCUGCAACAUCUGCGGCAAGAUGCUGAGCGCAGCCUACAUCACCAGCCACCUGAAGACACACGGGCAGAGCAGCUUCAGCUCUUCCUGCAACAAAGACAGUAACGAGGUCUGCAACUCAGCCUCAGCCACACCCGUAACAGCCUCCGCCCCCAUCACCACGGCAAUGAACCGCGGCAACAUCAGCAGCAACCCUGUCACCAUGGCAGCGCAAAUGAACAUUACCACCAACACGGUGAACAUCACCUCGCCAGUGAACCUCCAGCACCCAGUGACCAUCACAGGUCCAGUCAAUAUUGCUUCAGUCAACAUCCCAGCAACAGCACCCAUGAAUAUCGCCCACCCAGUGGCCAUCACCACGCCCAUGCCCAUGAACAUCACGGGUCCCCUCAACAUCGCUAUGAGAUCUAUGGAGAGCAUGCCUUUUCUCUCCCAAGUUCUGCCUUCCUCCCCUCCAUGGUAAAUCCUUCAAUCCCUCUUCCAUAGUCCUUAGCCCUGCUCCCUGACUUCUCAUUGGUCCAGCUCCCAUCGCUGGCUCCUCCUCAUCCCUUCAUUGGUCCAGCACACACAGCUGGCUCCUCCCGCUCACCUUACCCCAUCACGUUUUUGUUUUAUUUGGAGCACAGGGCAAGGAGGGAGCAACAGCUUCUGCUGCCCCAGAGGCAGCCCUGCAGCACAAAAAAGUACAUUUGGAGGAAAAAAAAUCCUUUUCCAGGUUAGGUAGGACUUGUGGCCUAGGAAUAGCGAGAUAGCAGUGACGUAGUAGUGAUGGUUUGGCUGACGAAAACGUGUUGCCCAACCUUCAGAACCGCUGGGUUUGAGGGAAAGCAAAAUUCAGAGGCAAUAAGAAUGCAUUUUUAGUUGGAAUUAACACAUUCUCGAACGGAGAGGUGGGCUUUCUUCCCUUCCCCCCUAAGGCUUGUGUUUAUUAUUUUUUACUAUAGCCUGAUAGUCAGUAUUUAAUGUUGUAAGGAAAAACGUGCAACAAAAGGGACAAAGACUUCCAUGGUGAAGAAAGACUUUUUGUUUUUUAUUUUAACUGUAAGCAUGUGAAGUAGGUCAUACAGAUAGAAAGAAGAUUCUGGGAUGAGGUACAAUGACUGAGGUAUACUGGGGUAAAUCUAUCUCAUGGUUCAGUGUCACAAAUCAGCUGCCACGGUUUUUCAGCAAAUUUCUCCAGAUUCCUUUCAAGGUUUUAAAUGCCUUUUUUUUUAUUUUUAAUUUUUUUUUUUUUUUUUUUUAAAAAAAAACUUGUGUUUGGGACAAUUGCGACGUGCUUCCUUCUCGUCAGCAGACAGUUUUAGCAAGCAAAUGAUAAAGGGGGAGACGCGUCCUGCACUGGAAGCGUUUAUCCUGCUUUUGGGGAAACUGCAGUAUUAUGGAGCACAGGAAUAGCGAGCGCUGGGCAAGAACAGGCCGAGCUCAUCUGGUGGUUGCUGGAUGAUGCCGAGAGAUGGGUUAAUCUCUCCAGGUUUGCUUGUACCGUUGUGAUGGUGACGGGUUCUUGAGUUUUACUGGAGCUGCGUCACCCCCUCUGCUGUUUUACUGGAGUUCACCCUGGUAGCAUGGACUCAGGAAAUGUGCUAAAGUAGCCCUGUUAUCUAAUUUGUGACUUUUUCUUAAGGCCCGAAACUUUCAUUUUACUUUGUAAAUAUUUAAUGCUCCAUAUGCAUUUUUCUGUGAGGAUAUGGCAUGUUAGAAGCCUUUCACAGGUGUGGACUCCAAGGACUUUUAUGAAUUGUUUAUUUCACCGUCCGUUUUUAGGGAAAAGGAGGAAAAAAAAGUCAAUCCUCUGCUGGGCUCUGGGUUUCGUGAUUUAGGUCCUCGUCAUUCAGUGACGUCACGUUCGCCGUAGAACCAAAUAUGUUUUUCUGGAGGCGUUUCCUCCAUAGUGGUUUCCAAGUGCAAGUGUGUGUGUGUGUGUGUGUGUGUGUGUGUGUGUGUGUGUGGUUUUAAUGAACGGAAUGUCGCAGGCCGUCACCUCCUCAUACCUGCUUGGGCCCAGCUAUUUCUCCACGGGGAUACACGUGGGCAGCUUCCUCGUUCCAUCUCACGGCUGACAUUCUGUUUUGUUUUUGUUGCAUGAAAUUUUGUAUCUUCCUGCAGCCACAGAAACCCUCACACACACACACACACACACACACAUGCGUGCGCGCGCGCACACACACACAUACACACACACACCCCUGCUAGACUACAAAGGUUCAGACAACAAAAAGGGACCUGUCCCCUGGUGCCCAUGACACAACCAGGACCGGAUCUGUCCGGUUCCCUUCCGGUUGUGCUGUCAAAUGCCAAAACAGUGGAGACGUUGGAGGCAGCGGGACUGCGGAACGGAGCUUGACUCGGACACGCUUCAGAAGGAGAACACUAGAAGCUGCGGCCAAGGCGACGCACAAGGCCUGCGGUGAUGAACUCGGAUCAUGAGGUUUUUUUUUUUUUUUUAAAACGUUUGUCCUGCCAUGGGUUCGAAGGAGCUGAACUGCCUGGAGGCCAGGGGGCCUGGCUGCAGAGCGGCGUCCUGUGGUACCCUUUCUCGUUCGCACAGUGUUGUACCAUGCGGAUGACCUUCACCAGCACUGCGCUGCAAUGUUGACCAGUUUCCAUUGAGUUGAGUUCACAUUUCCAUCGUUUUUAUUACUGCUUUUUGUACCCGGGGCAUUGCAUACUCCUAAAAGAAAAAAUAUGCAUGUAUGUAAUCAACUUUGUUUUUAUUUUUUUAAGGGUGAAUUGCUCAGUGGGUAUUGCGUGUCAGUGAUGUUUGUUCCACAGAAGACGGUUGAUGCCUAUGUUCCUAUCAUCAAAGUAAAACGAGUUUUUUUUUUUUUUUUUUUUUUUUUUUU